AAACAUUAGCAGGCUUUUCAAUUGUAUUACGUCCAACAAUACCAUUAUCACAGAAAAUAUGUUUUGUUUUUAGUGGUCAAGGUCCACAAUGGUGGGCUAUGGGUAGACAAUUAUAUGAAAGUGAACCUGUUUUUAAUAAAUGGAUUAACUUAAUUGAUGCGGAAAUGACAAAAAUUAAUAAUGAUGAAUGGAGAUUAUUAGAAGAGUUAAUUGAAAAGAAAAAUGAACAAGAAUCUCGUAUUAAUGAUACAAAUAUUGCUCAACCAACAUUAUUUGCUAUACAAGUUGCAUUAGCAGCUUUACUUGUUUCAUGGAAUAUUUAUCCAUCAUCUAUUAUAUCACAUAGUGCUGGUGAUCAAGCAGCUGCUUUUGUUGCUGGUCGUUUAAGUUUAGAAGAAGCUGUUCGUGUUGUUUAUCAUCGAUCACGUCUUCAAAACCGUAAUACAAGACAAGGUGGUCGCAUGUUAGCUGUAUCCAUGAGUGAAGAGGAAGUAAAAGAAAAACUUCUUCAAGGUAUUGAACAUCUUGUUUCUGUUGCUGUUGUUAAUAGUCCUCGUUCGGUUACAUUAAGUGGAGAUGAGAAAACUAUUGAUGAAUUACAACAAAUACUUACAAAAUUUUAUCCAAAUGUUUUUAAAGCUCGUCUUCGCAUAGAAAAUGCAUUUCAUUCUCAUCAAAUGGAUCGAUUUGAUAUUGAAAAAGAAAUGUUAUCAUCACUGAAAGAUAUUGAAGGACUUCCUUUAGUAGAUCCACAACAUAUUUUUCAUGCAAAAUGUGCCCAAGCAAGUCUCUAUUCAAGUGUUGUUGGUGGUCGAUUAAGUGAUGAGACGCCCGUCGAUGCUCGCUAUUGGUGGUCAAAUGUGCGACAAUGUGUUCGAUUUUAUGAUGCUAUCACAUCUAUUAUAAAUGAUGGCAAUGUAAGUGUUUUUCUUGAACUGUCACCACAUCCAGUAUUGGCUACAUCGAUUCAAGAAUGUUAUCAGUCGAUAAAUCAACCACCAACUAUUCUUCCAACAUUAAAACGAAAAGAAAAUGAACAAAUAACAUUAUUGACAAGUCUUGCACAAUUAACAACAUCAUCUCAUGUUUGGGAACAAUACUUUCAUACUCGAAAUGUAUUACCUACGAAAGAAAAUGAGCAACAUUUCGAUGAUUUUCCAUUAUAUUCAUUUCAUCUUGUUCCAUGUUGGUAUGAAUCAAAAGAUGCAGUUAUCAAACGUCUAGCUAAUUGUAUUCCUAUUCAUCCUUUACUUGGUGUUCGUCAAUUAACAGGACAGACAAGUGCAACAUGGAAAAGUCUUAUUAAUAUUAAUUUACCAAAAUAUGCUUAUUUAAAAGAUCAUAAAAUCCAAGAUAACAUUCUUUUUCCUGCUGUCGCCUACCUUGAACUUGCUACAGCUGCAUGUUAUCAACUACUUUCACCAACAACAGACGAUAAACAACCGACAAUUAUUUUUGAACAAGUGAAAUUCAUCAAAGCACUUAUGCUUACUGAGCAUGAACUGACAGAAAUAUUUACACAAAUUAUCAUGCCAAUGCGUGAAUGGUACAUUUAUAGUCGACCAUGUCAACACUGGCCAUACCUGACGAACGCAUACAAUUCGA